AUGGAACACACGCUGCUCUGUAAUCUCGCCGGCCCGCGCAAAUCUGGUGUGGCACUUCGCCUGCGCCUGCUACAUAUGUGGCCUGCAAAGUCUCCCGGUGAUGUUAGGGUAUUCAACUAUUGCACACUCUGGGUGGACGAAACGGGAACAUUGAUUCAAGGCCUCUCACCUCCUUCCAUGGCGGCUGCCAUUCCCCAUUCCUUACAUGCUGGGAAGAUAUAUGUCGUCAAGUCUUUUGGUCUUGGCAACCUGCCAAAUUUAUAUCGGGCAUUUUCUGCCGUUCGAGUCCCUGUCUACACGUGCUGGCGAUCAUCGUUUCUUGACAGACAUUGUUGGCCGUUGCACUCAAUCAGUGGCGUUUCUCACAAAAUCACAAAUAAUGGGCCAACAGUCAAGCAGACGGUUGUCGUGGAGGAUGAAAGUGGGGAGAAGGCGACGGUGACUCUGUGGGAUGAAUUCUCACAAAUCCUGGAUCAUGUGGUCUUGACUCAGGCAGAUGCGAUCGAGACGGUGAUUCUUGCGUUUGGCGGCCUUUUGGUCAACAAGUUAGGGGCUGCUUAUGUCCUAUCCAGUUCAGCUGCCACAAGAAUUGCUGUCAAUCCUUCAGUACCAAAAGCAAAUCAUCUGGUCACCAGGUUUGCGGAGAGGCGUGAGGGUGUUUGUUCCUUGCCUGUUGAGUUUGCAACUGCUGUUGCAGCUACAGAGGAUGCAACUCGAUGA